UUCGCCAAUAACCCUAAAACCUCGGAUUUUGACAAAUCCUUGUCACUAAAGUGAAAAAUGGAUACUCCAGGCAGACCAAAACUGGCCAAAACCCCUCUGGAACUGCUCAAUUCUCCUGGAAUUGAACCUGGAGUACUCCAUGUCCUGUACACGCCGAUUGUGGGGGGACUUUUAGGAUUCGUUUCGGUUAUUCUAGCGAAUUGGGCUGGAAAAAAACCAUUGAUGAGUGGCAUUCAAAAGCACAUUGUGGGACUAAGUGCAGGCGUGGGAAUCGGGGUGUUAGUGGAUAAAUACAGAAACGAACAUCUAGCAAAACGAGACGCAAUAUUUCGCCAUUACAUCGAGCUGCACCCCGAAGACUUUCCCCCUUACGAGCGUGUAAAAAUCGGGGAUGUUUUCGAGCCGUGGAGACCAAUUCGUUGAUUUGUUUUGUACGUAAGAAAUAAACUAGUUCUAGUAGGUU